AUGAAAAUUAUGAUUCAAUUGAACCAGUAAUUACCAUUAGUUUCAUUUUAUUAGAAAUCUAGCAAUUUCGACAUUUAUGUAUAAGAGAGAAUUCAGCAUUCGAUGAUACCAGCUAAUGAUACCAGAGAAGCCCAAAAUGAAAUUAAAGAGAAUGCAUCAUCUACUCAUAGUUCCCCUGAAAAAUCUCCUUCUAAGCUUAAAAGUGUAAUAAGACGAAUGAGCAUUGUGAAUAAACUAACUGGCUUCAAAAAUGACCAGCUAACUAAAGCUAAACUAAUCAGAGAAAGUAGCAGAAUUAGCGACGAGCUUAUGAAAAGUGGAAUCUAGAACAAAGCAAAAAACAUAGAUUAGAAUGAUUUUAACAAAAGCUAGAGUGAAAUUGAUCUUGAAUAGAAAACUGAGGAGAUGAGACAAGCCAUCAUUAAAGAGGAAACAAUCAAAAAAGCUAAGGAAAAAGAGAGACAAGAAUAACUCAGGCUUUAAAAACUUUAACAGCAAUUAAUAGCCAACGAUAAAACUGCUUAGUCAAUAUACCUCGUAACAGAAGAGUUACAGCAAAAUGUAAAGAUAGAAAAACUCCCACCUCUUAUUACAGCAAUUGCAAAGUAAAAAAAUGAUAGAUUAAUUUUUUAAAAUAGAGGAAAAGAAUAAAUCCCUUAAUUACUGAUAAAGAGAGGCUUCAAAAAGAAUAAAGAAAAUUCUAUAAAUUCUUCAUAAACCUAGAAGUCUAUUUAAGAAAUGAAAAACUCCAACAGUAACUCAAUAGAUCAUCCUGAAAGCUCCCUUUUUAAAUACUAAGCUUAAUCCGACUAUGCUGACUUACUUUUGCCUUCAGAUUUGAUAGGAAAUACAAAGGAGUAUUUCAAUCCAUAGACUGGAGUAACAUUUAUAAACCUUGAUUAGACUACAACAUAUGAUCAUGCUUCAAAAUAGUCGAAGAAGGAGAAAGAUAAGUAUAGUGUAGUUAGCAUGAAGAAAGGACCAGAAUAUUAGAGUUAGUUUAAUGGUUAAAAGCUAUCCUUAACUCAAUACAAUUCAAUGAAAGGAUUUUCUUCAAAUAGAAUGAUUUCAAGUGAAAGAGCAGCUAAAUUGAAUAAUUAAGAUUAUGAUGUUUAUUAAUUAAAUGGGAGUUUCACCAAGGGCUCCAGCCAAUUAAAACGACUUGAGAUUUUAAAGAAUACUUCGGCUUUAUCUCGAUAGUAGGUCUUAGGAGACUUAAAAGCUAGAAGAGAAAAUAGUGCUAUUGUAGGCAAAAAUCCAGAUUCAGCUUACUAGUUGCUAGUACCACACUAAAAAACUGUAGCUAUGGAUUAGUCAUUCACAUCUUAAUUUCAAAUAUUAAAGCAUAAUAACAGCGUUAGUAUUGAAAGACCAGCAACAUCAGGUAUUUAUACUGAGUAUAGACUUAGAGAACAAAGCAGACAAUAAGGGAGAAUCAGAAGAAAUAUAUAAAACUCAUCUUUUGAAAGUGCUUAGGAUAAUUAUGACUCAUCAAUAUAAGUCAAUAACUAGUCCAGUUCCUUUUAUAAUAACAAUAAAAAAUAAGAUUCUGAUCGAUCAAGCCAAUACAAUCCUUAUGAAAAUAUCAAUAAUAAAAACAUCUUCAAUUCCUUUGAAAUAAGAAAUUAGAUAACAGGUUAAAAUACCUUAUCUUAAUUCCCUAAAUUAGACUAAACUCCUUUGAAAAACCUAUAAAACAAAAGAGAUUUAGAAAAUAUAAAAAUUGGCUCUGAGCAAUCGAGAAUAUUUACUAGGAGCCAAAAGUUAAGAAAGAAGAAUAUGUGA